AUUCUACAAAAAUACAUUAGAAUCUCAUUCCAUUAUUAUUGUUGGAAAAGGGGCCAAAUUAAAAAGACAGAGCAAGGAAAAGCGCUCAAGGACAUGGCUACUGGGUCAAAGGAUAUGGUGGUCUCUUCCUACUGUAUUUUGUUCUUGGUAAUGUUUGCAGCCCCUGGAGCAGGCACAGGGUGCCCUGCAAACUGCAAUGGUCAUGGACCACCAAUCCGGUUUCCAUUCCGUCUAAAAAAUAGCCACCCUGAUUGUGGCUAUCCCGGUUUUGAUCUAUCUUGCACCAGCACAAACGAGACGGUGCUCGAGCUGCCAGCUUCAGUGAAGCUCUUCGUCUCGAUAAUUGAUUACAAAUCACAAAUGCUUCUUGCAUAUGACCCAAAUGGUUGCCUUCCAAAACAUCUUCCACACCUUAAUUUAUCAGCUUCUCGAUUCCAGUUAGGAUACAGGUAUCUAGAACUAGAAGACUUUACAGUAUUCAGUUGUUCGAGAACAGAAUCUCGGAUGUGGUCAGAAUACGAUAUGUCCUGCGUAGAUAAUGAUUCUGACAAUCAUGUUAUUGCUCUCAAUUCUCAUCGUUCAAUCAGAAACUCGCCGUCCCUGUUAUCUUGCAGCAAGCUGUAUAACGUUUCUUCAGUCCCCUAUCACAUGCUCCUUCCAAACGGAAAUCUUAGUUUCAGCUGGUCCACACCAAAUUGUAGAAAGUGCGAAGCAGAAGGAAAGUUAUGCAAGUUGAAGCAGAUUAGUUCUGAACCUGAAAUUGAGUGCUCAGAUAUCUCCAAACAACAUAGAGGUGCAUCAAUGAGAAAGAAGAUCAUAGGUAUAGUCCUGCCCCUGAGCUCAUUUUUGCUCGGACUAGUUAUUGCACUCUACUAUGUUCAUAGAUCAGAUGAAGCCGAAAAGGAAAAUCAAAAAAGAAUAAAAAAAUUUUUAGAGGAUUACAAAGCUCUCAAGCCCACAAGGUAUACUUACGCUGAUAUUAAGAGAAUUACCAAUCAGUUCAAGGACCUGCUGGGUCAAGGAGCUUAUGGAACUGUAUACAAAGGAAAGUUAUCCAAUGAAAUUCUAGUGGCUGUUAAGGUGCUCAAUAAUUCCAUAGGAAAUGGGGAAGAGUUUAUGAAUGAAGUAGGUACAAUGGGUAGAAUCCACCAUGUUAAUGUAGUUCGCUUGGUUGGUUUUUGUGCUGAUGGAUUUCGAAGAGCUCUAGUUUAUGAGUAUUUACCAAAAAAUUCACUUCAAAAGUUCAUCUCUUCUGCGGACAACAAAAAUAGUUUUCUUGGCUGGAAGAAGCUGGAAGAUAUUGCUCUUGGCAUAGCAAAAGGGAUGGAGUAUCUUCACCAGGGGUGUGAUCAACGAAUCCUACAUUUUGAUAUCAAACCACAUAACAUCCUGCUUGAUGAUAACCUGAAUCCGAAAAUCUCAGAUUUUGGUAUGGCUAAGUUGUGUUCCAAGGAUCAAAGUGCAGUUUCAAUGACAGCAGCUAGGGGCACAAAGGGCUACAUUGCACCUGAAGUGUUCUCUAGGAACUUUGGGAAUGUAUCUCAUAAGUCAGACGUUUAUAGCUUUGGAGUAUUAGUGCUUGAAAUGGUUGGAGGAAGGAAGAAUGUAGAAGUUACAGCAGAGAAUGCAUGCCAGAUCUAUUUUCCAGAAUGGAUCUAUAAUCUCUUAGAGCGAGGAGAAGACCUGAGAAUCUAUAUUGAAGAAGAGGAAGAUGCAAACAUUGCAAAGAAACUUGCAAUUGUUGGGCUCUGGUGCAUUCAGUGGCAUCCAAUCCAGCGUCCUUCCAUGAAAGUCGUCGUUCACAUGUUGGAAGAAGGAGAAAUUUUAAGCAUUCCUCCCAACCCUUUCGCCUCUACAAGUACCAAGAGAACAAAUGCAAUGCCUGGAAGACUCCCGCACCAGGAAUUAGGGGUCAUCUCUGAAUUAGAAUGAGCUAGCGUGCAACUUGUCUGCAGUAUAUCAUGUUGUGCCAGCCAAUUUGUGUAAUUGCAUUAAUCCAACUAGAGAGGAAAUUCUUCUCUCUCAGUUGCAUAUUAAUAGUUUGAUGUUGAACUAUUCGAGAGUGCCAUAUCCUCCACCCAGUUACUUGCUUCUAAGUUAUAACUCAAAUGCCAUUAAUGCUAUAAAGUACGAGUUUGUGUUUUGAUGAGAAA